GUAUUUGGGGAUCCAAAUGAAGAACUGCAUAUUGAUAGGACCGCGUCUCUCGUUUUUGCGUUAUUCUUCAUCGGAGUAUCGUAUAUUGGCUCGAUCGCGAUCGCUUAUUUCCAACGCAAGCGCAAACUCUUCCUCCUCCGAUCAUUGUUCAUGCCCCUUUUAGUGGUGAACCUGGUCGCACUAUUCAAUGUGCUAUUCAAUAUUCUCAGUCGCAGCCUGUUUCCCUUGAGCGCGAUUCGAGUCAUCGGAAUCGGCCUCCCAAGCGCAUUCAUUGUCAUAUAUGGUCUUGCAUCCUUCUUAAUCUAUCAUGAAUAUGGCCCCAGUCAAGGCCACCGUGCCGAGGACGGCACCCCUCUCUUGAGCCAGGAGGAGAUGCAGCGUCGACAGCUGCUUCGACUGUUACAAGAGCAGGGUUCUGGUGCACCAUCACCAAACCCUAGUCAAAUUAACACAACCUAUCGGCUCGAGACCGUUCCUGGCCUCGAUCCAGCCCCAAAAAAUUGGGAUCCGCAUUUGAUCCCUCCACCGUCGACGACUUGGAGUAGCUUGAGUCGAACUAUGACGUGA